AUGCAGGGCUCCCUAAAACACAGUCGUGGUACGCAUACAUACAGAGCUCCCUAUAACACAGUAGUGGUACCUAUACAUACAGGGCUCCCUAUCGAUUUGGAAUUCGGCACAGCUCUCCAGAAUCGGAAAGAAAGACUAAGUGUUCCCAAGUACAGCCAUAAAGAGGCUAUGUUGCAGUGGACAAAACAAACAAGCCUCGAGGAGACUAAUAAGCAGUGGACAAAACAAACCAGCCUUGAGGAGGCUAAGAAGCAGUGGACGAAGAAAACAAGCGCCCACACCAUGUCGGAUCUACUUAUCGAGCCUACGGAGAUCGGAAGGGGCACCCCCAACCGCAACCUGCCGUGGCACGUGCCACCAUGCACAGACUUUCCGGAACGGCCCAACCUCAAACCAUCGGCACUCCGACCCAACCAGAAGUCAACGCACAGUCUGUACAUCAUAAAGGCCCUCAACGAGCUAGGCGUGUACUAUCGGUUGGAUGCCGGAUCACUUCUGGGCAGCUACAGACACGGAGGGUUCAUCCCUGCCGACAAGGACUUAGACAUUGUACUACCCGUGCGACGCAAUCUGCAUCUCGUCGGUGCGGACCACUAUUGCCAAGGUAUAUUUGAAUGCCGGUUGUAG